CGCGCCGCGUCAUCAACGACCCAAGCGCGCCCCUCCCUCCCUGCUCAUGUGCCUGCACUUGGCGCUGGCUGGCUGCUGACCUGCUGUGCGUAUAAAGCCAGCCAGGGCCUGAGCUCCCUCCCUCUCUCUGGCUCUCUCUCCCUGCCCCUGCCCUCGUCACGCACUGGUCCUCCAGUCCACGCUGCUGUUGGCACCUGCUCGCUCCAUCAGAUUUCGGGGAGUUCACCAAAUAAGCAUCCCCCCCGAUCGAGGCAGGCUUAGCUAGGCCUUCGUACUGUUUCGUCCGGAAGAAGCAAGCUAUAGCUAUAGCUGCAGGAAGCAGACGAGAUCGGAUCAUCCGAGGCCAUCGGGAACGGGAGCUCCAGACCCGCCGAGAUCGGGCCCACUGCGAAAAAAUCCCCACUCCACUCGACAGGAACCGCGCCCGCGCCGCCGCCCAGGAACCGCGCCGCCGCCCAGGAACCGCGCCGCCACGCGAAGCCCAGGAACCGCGCCGCCGCCCAGGAACCGCGCCCGCCACGCGAAGCCCAUUUUCCUGGUGCCGGUGUCCUCUGCUCGGCCGGAGCUCGCCUCCGUGCUCGUUGCCGGAGGAGUGCCUUGGAUCGCACCAUCUUUGGAUGAUGUCGUCGCAGAAACGACGGAAGGGAUGCAUCUUCUUCUCCCUCGCCUUGCUUCUCUGCAGCGCGUCAGGAGGCGUACCGUCGCUGGCUUCAGAAAACUCUCCGUCAGAGUUCGCCAAGAUCGUCCAGUCUAAGCAGACGAGGCACGCCCGCGUGUGCGGGGCGGACCCUCAGCUGCUGAGCUCGCUGGCAGGCAGCGGCGCGGAGGUCAUGCUCACCGUCCCCAACGAGCAGCUGGAGCACGUGGCCGAGUUCCAGGAGGAGGCCGACCUCUGGGUGGCCGCCAGCGUGGCGCGGUUCGUCCCGGCGACCAGGAUCACGCACGUCCUGGCGGGCGACGACGCGCCGGCGCGCUCCCCGCCCAGCGCCCACUUCCUGGUCCCGGCGAUGGCCAACCUCCGCUCGGCGCUCGCCGCCGCGGGGCUCGCCGGCCGCGUCAGCGUGUCCAGCGCGCUGUCCGCCGAGACGCUGGCCGCCCCGGACCCGGACUGGUCGGGCGUCGUGGGCCGCGUCCUCCGGUCCCUUGCGUCGGCCGGCUCGCCGCUGGUCCUCAAGUCGUCAGGCCCGUCGGAGGCCAGCGACGCCAGGGCCGACGCCGCGUACGCCGCCAUGCGCGCGCUGGGGGUCUCCGGCGUCCCCGUCAUCGCGGCGGACCUCGCGGCCGCCGCCGCCGACGUCGUGCCGUACUACUACUACGGCUACGGCUACGCCGACGGUCACAGCCACCCGGGCGUGCAGCGGCGGUCGCUGGCGACGGGCACGUUCUGCGUGGCGCUGCAGAACGCGGACCCGGCGGCGCUGCAGGCCGGGCUCAGCUGGGCGUGCGGCCCGGGCCACGCCGACUGCUCCGCCAUCCAGCCAGGCGGCGCCUGCUACCAGCAGAACAACCUGCCGGCGCUCGCGUCCUACGCCUACAACGACUACUACCAGAGGAUGGCCAGCACCGGCGCCACCUGCUCCUUCAACGGCACCGCCACCACGACCACCAACGACCCAAGCUCAGGAUCUUGCGUUUUCGCGGGAAGCUCCAACUCGAGCGUGCCGGUGGGAGCGAGCCCGCCGACCAGCCUCUCCCCUCCGACGGGCUUCACACCUCCAGUCGGCUCCAGCCCCCCGUCGUCGUCGGAGUUCGGCCCCCCAGCGGCCGGCACCACCCCGCCGGCUGGAGGCGGCCUUGGACCUGGAUUCGGCACCCCGCCGGGCUCCUUCAAUGGCACCGGGUCGUUCGGGCCCAGCGGCACGCUCAACCCUUACAACGGCGUGUCCCGUGGGUUGCCGCGCGCGGGCUUGUUCACGGCUCUGUCCGCCGCUGCGGUCGCCGUUCUUCUCGUGUCCGUGGAUGCCAUGUGAAUUGUCGAUGCAGAUAUCAUAUAUAUAUAUAUAUAUGUGGAUUACCUCUAGUACUAGACAUUCCUUCUCGAGCCCACAUCAUGUUCUUUAUUGAGCUACUGGUCAUGUAGAUAGAUCUCAGGUCGGAUCUGUAUCAUAUACGUAUAGGAGUCGUAACUACGAAGCGAAUAUGUAUCUGCACGUGAUCUGGGACAGUUCUGAUGAGCGUAUGCAUGUAUUACAUGAUGAAUUACACUUUUACAUGUUUGGAAUCAGAAAUGUAGGACGCAACAUCCUGUUUUUUU